UUGGAUCGGUGCGAACGGUACUUACUUGUCUCUCACAAAAAGGAUAUUAAUAAUUUGUAAAAAUGCCAGAAUGGUGGAGUUUCGGCUCCCAACAGGAGACCGACAGCAUCUUCCGCAGCGAGAAGAUGUGCCUGGUGCAGAUGUUUCUGCAGCCGGAGGCCGCCUACGACAUCAUUUCCGUGUUGGGCGAGGUGGGAUGCGUCCAAUUUCGAGACAUCAAUGGGAGCGUCCCCGUCCAGCAGAAAAAGUUCAUCGCGGAGGUGCGUCGCUGCGAUGAGCUGGAGCGCAAGAUCCGCUAUGUGACCGUCGAGCUGGUGAAGGACGGGCACAAGGCAAUCGACCUGAUCGACGAUUUCCCGCCUGCUCCGAGGCCCUGCGACAUUAUCGAGCUGGAGACGCACCUGGAGAAGACGGAGACGGAGGUCAUGGAGUUGGCCGCCAACAACGUAAGCCUGCAGACCAGCUACCUCGAGCUGACAGAGAUGAUCCAAGUGCUGGAGCGGACGGACCAGUUCUUCUCGGACCAGGAGUCGCACAACUUCGACCUGAACAAACGCGGCACCCACCAGGAUCCGGAGAAGUCAAACGGAGCUCUGGGUUUCGUGGCUGGCGUCAUCGAUCGGGAAAGGGAAUACGCCUUCGAGCGCAUGCUCUGGCGCAUCUCUCGCGGCAACGUCUUAGUCCGUCUCUCAGAAGUGGACGUGCCCCUAACGGACCCUCGCACGGGCAGCGUCCUGCACAAGAGCGUCUUCGUGGUCUUCUUUCAGGGCGACCAGCUGCAGGCCCGCAUUCGCAAGGUGUGCACCGGCUUCCACGCCCACAUGUAUCCCUGUCCCAGCUCGCACGCGGAGCGCAUGGAGAUGGUGAAGAGUGUGCGCACGCGCCUGGACGACCUCGGUACCAUCAUGGGAAGAACAAAGGACCACCGAACCUGCGUGCUGACAGGUUUGGGGAAUCAGCUACCCCAGUGGUCGAUCAUGGUCAAGAAAAUGAAGGCCAUUUACCACACCCUGAACCUGUUCAACGUGGAUCUGGGCAACAAGUGCUUGAUUGGCGAGGCCUGGGUGCCCAAGCGGGAACUGGAGCUGGUGGAGCUGCCGGCCCUCGCCGAGGGAUCGGACAAGGUGGCCAGCACUGUUCGCUCCUUUAUCAACGUAAUUGACACCAAAGGAGAGCCACCUACAUAUUUCCGCACCAAUAAGUUCACGCGCGGCUUCCAGAACUUGAUCGAUGCCUACGGUUUUGCCAGCUACCGGGAGGUGAACCCGGGCCUAUUCACCUGCAUCACCUUUCCCUUCCGGUUCGCAGUGAUGUUUGGCGACAUGGGCCACGGCUUCAUUCUAUUCCUGGUCGGUCUCUGGAUGAUCGUGGACGAACGGCGCUUUGGCAAGAAUCGAUGGGGAGAGAUAUGGAACAUAUUCUUUGCGGGUCGCUACAUAAUCCUUCUGAUGGGGCUGUUCGCCAUGUACACGGGCUUCCACUACAACGACCUGUUCUCGAAAUCGAUAAAUGUGUUCGGUUCGCACUGGCUCGUGCCCCAUAUGGGCCCAGGGCUGCCCAGUCCGAGUGUCCAGUUGGACCCCGCGGUCGCCACUCGCGGAGUCUACCCCAUGGGAAUCGAUCCCGUGUGGCAGUCGGCAGCCAAUAAGAUCAUCUUCUUCAAUACGUACAAGAUGAAGUUGUCGAUUAUCUUCGCAGUGUUGCAUAUGACCUUUGGCAUCUGCCUGUCUGUUGAGAACUUUGUGCACUUCAAGAACUACUCCGACAUUUUACUGCAGUUCGUGCCGCAGGUGCUUUUCCUGCUGCUGAUGUUCGGGUACAUGUGCUUCAUGAUGUUCUACAAGUGGGUCAAGUACAGUGCCACCAGCGAUAUCCUGGCCAACACUCCAGGCUGUGCCCCCUCCGUUCUGAUCAUGUUCAUCGACAUGGUGAUGUUCAAGAAGGAAGUCGCUAUGCCGGGCUGCGAGGUAAGCAUGUUCCCCGUUCAGAGGGAGCUGGAGACGACUUUCCUCGCGCUGGCCCUGAUCUGCAUACCCUGGAUCCUGGUCGGUAAGCCACUCUAUAUCAAGUAUAAACGCCGGAACAAGGUCUGUUCAAUUAGCUCUAGACUGGAGGAUAUUCUUAGCUCUAAUAGUGAUCUUCUUUAGCCUGAGGUGGCCGAGUCCCAGGUGUCGGUCGACCAUAGCGAGGAGGAGGACGAGCCCAUGAGCGAGAUCUGGAUACACCAGGCUAUCCACACCAUCGAGUACAUCCUGAGUACCGUCUCUCACACGGCUUCCUAUCUCCGUCUCUGGGCCCUGUCCUUGGCUCAUUCUCAACUCUCACUGGUGCUGUGGGAAAUGGUGCUGAUGAAAAUACUGUCGUUUCCAUUAGGCUUUGUAGGCUCCAUUGCGAUCUUCCUCGUCUUCGCCAUUUGGGCGUUCUUCACGAUUUCUAUAAUGGUCGUGAUGGAGGGCCUGUCCGCCUUCUUGCACACCCUUCGUCUUCACUGGGUGGAGUUCAUGAGCAAGUUCUUCAUGGGAACCGGAAACCCAUACACGCCUUUCAGCUUCAAAUAUCUGUUGAAACCGGAGGAGGAUGACUAAAAUGCAGUGCAACCCAAAGCAUAAUGGUUCCACAUAUAUAAUCCAUUAUUAAACGAUGUAUUCUAGAACUUCCUAGACUUAAUUGAUUCUGCAAUGCACAGAGAAAGGCCUUUCCGAUAGUAAAAACAUUGAAAUUUGCAAAGAAGUACUUCAGUAGUAG